CACCUGCGACUGUCUAAUUUCUGAAAGUGCUGAAUCUUAAAGUACAGGGCGAGAGUGAAGGUCAGCAUCAGGACCACCUGUGAAGGAUCAGCACUGGACUCGUCUCAGUUAUUACGUUGGAUGAUGAAGGAUCUUAAUCGUGAUUCAUUGUACGUGCACCCAAUCACUAGCGAGCACAGCAGCAGAAGUGGGUAUAUAGAUCCGGCAGAGAGGAACUGCUGAGGUGUUGCAUUGGAAGAGUGCAGGAGAAACUAUUAACUGUACUCAUCUAAACAAUGCAUUCUUCCAAGAUCAUUCUGGGCCUCUUCCUCUGCACGCUCAUGCAAGCAUCCGCACUACCUGUUAAGAAUUCGACCGGGGUGCAUGAAGGCAAAGUGAGGAUGAAAAGGAAAUAUUCAGAUGAAAUUCCAGAUGAUGAAGAAAUGAAUGCAAUGGACCAAAUCCUGAUGGUCAACAGUCGUUUCAGCGCCCCUCGUGGACUGUCAAUCAGAGAUGGAGAUAUUGCCACCUCAUAUGUGCGGAGUGCUAUAUCGUGCCCUGGUAACGCCUGCCUGUGGCCUAAAUCAAUUGAUGGAUUUGUUUAUGUGCCCUACAUCAUGUCUCCAUUGUAUGAUGACAUGGACAGAAUCACAAUAGAAACUGGGAUGCAGGAUAUCGCUGCAGGAACGUGCAUUAAAUUUGUUCCACGCACUCAUGAAGCCAGCUUUCUUGAUAUCCAGCCUAGAUAUGGCUGCUGGUCAUUUCUGGGGCAGACUGGGGGAAGCCAGACCCUGUCGCUGCAGACUCCUGGAUGCAUGUGGUCAGGAGUGGCUGCCCAUGAGUUCAUGCAUGCUCUCGGAUUUGUUCACGAGCAGUCUCGCUCAGACAGAGACCAUUAUGUUACUAUUGUCUGGAAAAACAUCAUGACAGAUCACAUUCAUAACUUCAGGAAACAGGUGACAAACAAUCUGAACAGUCCCUACGAUUACAGCUCCGUCAUGCACUACGGAAGGCGAGCAGCUCUUUAA